UCCGCUAUUAUUACCGCGGUUGGUGAAAUGCAUGUUGCCACAGUGUGUUGGUUUACUGCGCUGAGUAUUAUCAGCGUAUCCUAUGGAGCAGAUGUGUUUCUAGAGAACAUAUCUGUGACAAAACUUGCUUUUGGAAGUUGCAAUCGACAUGAUCUACCACAGCCACUUUGGGAUAGCAUAGGAAAGCAAGAACCCGACCUCUUUUUGUGGUUGGGGGAUGCUGUGUAUGCUGAUACAAGAAUAUUUCCAUUUGUGUGGAGGUCAUCUUCACUGUCAGUAGUUAGAGACAAAUUCCAGCAGCAGAAAAACAAUCCGAAUUACAAAAAAUUUGUUGACAGUGGAGUUCCAAUAUUUGGUGUAUGGGACGAUCAUGACUACAAUUUGAAUGAUGGUGGAUACGAAAAUGUGGGAAGAACACAAGUUCAGCAAAUUUUUCUGGAUUUUCUUGAUGAAGAUGCAGACAGCUGGCGACGCAGUCGAGAUGGUUUAUAUGUCUCUUAUUUGUUUGGAAAAAAUGAUGAGAAAGUGAAGUUGGUUCUUCUUGAUGUUCGUUCUCACUUUGAUCGAGCCACUGGAGAUGUUCUUGGCCAUGAUCAGUGGUCAUGGCUUGAGAGAGAGAUCAUUAGUGAUGAUGGAGCUGCUCUAGUUCUUGUUGCCUCUGGAGUGCAAGUCUUAACAGAGAUGACUAUCAUUGAUAAGUUUGGAAGUACACCAUACAGUAAACAACGUUUGCUGAAUAUUCUCAGUCAAAAUCCAAAGGUGUUAAUACUGUCAGGUGAUGUGCACUUUGGAGAAAUCAGCUGCCACAACACUUCUAGUUAUCCACUUUAUGAAUUGACAUCAUCUGGCUUAACACACAAUUGUCUCAUUUCUCUAGUACCUGAAGUCGUUUGCAAUGUGGCCUUAAACUAUUUUUUGUCACAAAAGAAACGGAUUUCACCCUAUGUAUAUUCAGGUCUUAACUAUGGAAUGGUCACUAUCAACUGGAGUACCCGUCAGGUAACUAUGGCUGUCUAUGGUCAAGAUUAUGUAGUUAUGAACCACUCUUACAACAUGACAACGGCGAGCUCAGGCUUGGGAAGAUUUUGCCCAACCUCAACAGCAGAACACUCAGGCACUUGGGUAGUUACUUGGACAUUAGGGUUGCUUGUGACAUUGGCUAUGUGUCGGAAAGUGCUUUGCAGGUAUGGUAUAAGGGAGAGUAGAUUAAGUACAAAAGUAGAAAGAAGGACUGAUAGUGAAUAGUGACAUUGUUUAAUUUCUUUUUAAUACAUAUAUCUCAACAAUAGAACAACUGCAGUACAUGAUUUGUUGUUAUGUAGUACUGUUUGUGUAAUAGUUCAUUAAUUAUG